CCGGAACCGGGAGGUUUUGCUCUCAGUACGUCGAGGAAUUUUAACUCGCAAAGUUUGUGUGAAAUGGGACGCCGCAAGUCCAAAAGAAAGCCUCCCCCUAAGAAAAAGAUGACGGGGGACCUGGAAAGUCAGUUCACCUGCCCCUUCUGCAACCACGAGAAGUCGUGUGACGUCAAAAUGGAAAGAAGCAGAAACACUGGGAUCAUAUCUUGUUCUGUGUGCUUAGAGGAGUUCCAGACUCCCAUCACCUAUUUGUCGGAGCCAGUUGAUGUGUACAGUGACUGGAUAGAUGCCUGUGAAGCAGCCAAUCAGUAGUCUUCAUGGACCUGGACGUACCUCAGGAAAAUGAAGAAGAUGGUGUUGUGUUUAUUUGGAGCAAGCAGCCGGUCCAAAGACUUGGUUAACAUUUCCACUUCUGGCGUUCACAGAUUUAUUGGUUACUUGAAAGUUACAACGCUGUGAGCAACAAUCUGAGGUCUGCAGCAAAAAAAACUUUAUUUUGAAAUUUAGCUUUUUCUUUCACGUCCAUUGUUUCCAGUUAGAAUUCUGACUUUAAUUGUUGAGACAUAAUUUGUUAUUUGAAGGGCACUUUUACCUCACAUGAAAAGGGUUAUCUUCUUCCUUCUUUUUUUUUUUUUUAGAAAUGUGCUAGCUCUCAGAUAAAUGCAGGUGAGUAGAAUAUUUACUUUGUAAAGUACAAAAACAAGAAUGUAGAUAUUUUGCUUAUUUAAAAUUCAGUUGGUAGAGCAGCCAUAAGUUUUUUACAAGAGACCUAUACAGUACAUUAAAAAAAAUUGAAUAUUUUUGUAUUUCAUUGGGAAAGCAACCUUAUAAGCCUCAGGACAAAGAUUCAGAACUGUUCUUGUUGAAUCGGUUCAGAAUUAAAAGUUGAACGGGUAAAAAUUGAAAAGUCAUUUUGAAAAGAAAGCAUUUAUUUUCUGUUCAGAUUUUCAGCAGGAGUGUACYGCUUGAGCUGGAUUUUAAUUCAUUUCAGCUGGUUGUCGUCACAUUUUACAGUUAAUUUUAGCAUCUUGUUUAAAUCCUGCAACUGAUCCAAGUCCUUUCUGUACGUGUAAAAUAAUCCAUGUGAUUCAUUCCCAGUCAAACAUGCUGCUGCUGCCAUUUUCUUUUUGCAACACUGAUUACUGCUCUGUUUCCUCAUAAAGACUCUAGUUCCACAGUAUUAGUUUAUCCCACUCAGAGACAAAAUUCAUUUGAUUUUUAACGGGUACGUUUAUUGCUUUUCAUGAGUUUGUUUGUUUUAUGCUCACUGAAAGAAAGCUCUUUCCAAAAGGAAUAAAUCACCUGUUUUAAAAGUG